CCACUUGUAAGAUGCUAUUUAAUUAUAUGUAUAUAUAGUAUUUCAUAAGCUCGUGGUUUGCGAUGAUUUGAUGUUUUCAUCGGGAUCGGAAUACAGAAAAUGGUGAUGUCCAUGACCAGUGUUUUGAACAUGAUGUUUCUUCCGAGGGGAAACUUUAGCAGAUUGGCCACAUCCGUAAAAAUUCUACAGAACACCACGGCAACAAAUUCCUGCAUGAAAUGUCAUGGACGUUAUAAAUUUUCAUCGCCACAUAUACACCCAAAUCCUUCUGCGAGAUUUAAAAAACUUAGAACCAGAAAAACCAUGAAACAGUUGUGGGAGACGGCGGAGGAGAAACAACCCCCAUACAUAGUGAAGGAACCAACCCGCGUAUAUACCAAACCAACGGAAAUAGGGAUCACAAAUUCUGGUAGAGUGAUGAACUCCUAUAUUCCGAUGGAGAAGGACGCCAGGAAAGAAUUGACUUCAAAGGAGAAAUUUCAAGAGGACAGAAAGCGAAUACUGGGUAAAAUCUCCAAGGUUAGAUUCAUCAGGUUUGUGAAGAAGUACGACACAGCGUUUAACCAGAGGGAAUUUCUCGCUCACGCUCAUCACAUCUACAUCACAGCUCACAACUGUAUCAAAAGGAUCAGAGAAAAUGAGGAGGAGUUGAUUGAUUACGUUACACAGAAUGUCUAUGGGCAAAUGACAAAAGGGAUGCACGACAAGACUAUCGAGUGGGAGUUUGUUGAGUCAAUGGAACAACCUAAAAUAGUCAAUGCGGCUGCAGGUCACCUGGGGACAAAGGAUAACUCCUACGCCCAGUUUACUGUUAGAUUUCACACAUUACAGAAAUUAGCCAUUUAUAAUCGUUUUGGAAAGCUGAUUUACGGGGACAGGGAUCGUCCUCGCUAUGUGCUGGAAUAUGUAUUAUUUGAAAAACACGUCUCCGACACGGAAGGAAAAUGGAGGAUAGCUGGCAAAAUCACACCAGAAUGGAAGAAAAAGGGCUUCUCCUUCCUUCACACCUGGAAAGAGGAAGCACCGAAGAAGGAAGUUGUAGGGUUUGAGGACUUAGAACCGUUUAGAGUUCAUCGAUACAAUCCCGAGUAUCCUGAUGAAAUGACUUCCGAUGAAAUGACCAAUCAUUCUGAUGACAAGACUGAUGAUCAAAUCGACAGUGUGACAAAUAAGAAUUGAGGAUGGGAAGGAUUUUGAAAUAAAUUAUUUUAUAUGUAAA